AUGAGCGCUACUCAGUCUCGACCGUCCGCCGACAGUACCGGUGAACAGGAGCAGGCUACCUCUGAGCGACUCCGCCCUCUCCAUCUUGAACAGCAGCAGGACGAUUCUGACGAGGACUAUGUCUACAUCGGUGACCUCAAAACUAAACCGGCCUUCCACGGUACACCCUUACGGGCAAUUAUGGGAACGCGCCGGCCCGAGGUCGUUCCCGUCGCUGAGACGGCCAAAUGGCAGGAUGAAGUGCUGAGGAGCCCCAAAAAUAGGCUCGCCAUCUCCGCACUUAACAAUGCGAACCCCAAGGAUGUACUCGCGUCUCCGGCCACCAAGGUCACCGAGCAGCAUGUGUUCAACGUUAAGAUUCCGUUCGAGGGCGGGCCCAUUACCAACCAGCACCAGAGCGGACGCUGCUGGCUGUUUGCGAGCACCAACAUCUUCCGGAUUGCGCUGAUGCAAAAGUACGGGCUUGAGUCGUUUGAGCUGUCGCAGGCGUACCUCUUCUUUUGGGACAAGCUGGAGAAGAGCAACUGGUUUCUGGAGCAGAUCAUCUCCACGGCCGAUAUGGAUCUGGAGUCGAGGUUAUUGCAGACUUUGGUGCAGGAACCGCUCAGCGACGGAGGCCAGUGGGACAUGGUCUACAACCUCGUCACCAAGUACGGUCUCGUCCCCCAGUCUCUCUACCCCGACGCCUUCUCCGCCCGCUCCAGCAGCACCCUCAACCACAUCAUCUUCACCAAACUCCGCGAAGACGCCCUCAUCCUGCGCAACCUCCUCCGCUCCCCUCCCAACUAUAACCCCAUGGCCGCCCGGACCUUCUUCGACUUCAAAAAAACCCGCAUGCUCCAAGAAAUCCACACCAUCCUCACUCUCGCCCUGGGCCCCCCGCCCGCCGCGGCCACCCCCUUCAACUGGACCUUCACCGACAAAGCCGGCCGCGCGCGCACCGUCCGCACCACCCCGCUCGACUUCGCUGCCGAUAUCUACUCGCCGCAGUUCCGCAUCACUACCUCGGGUACCGUGGCCGAGAUGAUUUCCCUCGUGCACGACCCGCGACACGCGCCACUGACGCUGCUGCGGGUGGAUAGGCUGGGGAAUGUGGUGGGUGGCCGCGGGGUGACGUAUGUGAAUGUUGAGGAGAUGGGGACGAUUAAGGAGGCGUGUGUGAAGAUGUUGAGGAGGGGGUUGCCGGUGUUUUUUGGGUGUGAUGUGGGACAGUUUAGUGAUAGGGUGGCCGGGGUGAUGGAUUUGGAUGUGGUGGAUUAUCAGGUUGGGUUUAAUGUCUCGCUGAGGGGGAUGGAUAAGGCUGGGCGGUUGCGGACGGGGGAGUCGCUUAUGACGCAUGCGAUGGUGUUGACGGGGGUGCAUGUGGUGGAUGGUGAUGAUGAUAAUGGGGCAGGGGGCAAGAGGGAGAAAACGGUGCGGUGGAGGGUGCAGAACUCGUGGGGUGAGGGUGCUGGUGAGAAAGGGUGGUUUGUUAUGAGCGAUGCGUGGAUGGAUGAGUUUGUCUAUCAGGCGGUUGUUGAUCCGUCUGUGGUUAGCGAGGCGAUCAGGAAGGUGUUGACCCAGGAGCCGGUGCUGCUACCGCGGUGGGAUCCGAUGGGAAGUUUGGCUUGA